CUGAAUUUCAAGUUGUUGGACGGAAAAUCACCAACGGCGAAGGACAAAGAGAGAAGCGUUGUAUUGCACCACCCAUCGCACCACGCGUCAGGCCGUGACGACAUUCGGCGCCGACCCCGGACCCUGACUUGUCACCCUUCCUUACAUUAUCGGACGGACCAUCUAUCACUCCACCACCUAUUGUUGUCCUCGACAUCCUCUCCUGAAUCCACCAGAUCGCAACACUCCACUUCGUGCGAUCCUCAUUCACCACCAGACUACCAAUAGACUACAUCUCCCACCAUGGCCGACGAGAACAACACCAACAACAACAUUCCGCCCACGCCCUCUCCCCCACGCAGCGCCCGUCGCUCGUCCUUCGCCGGCGAGACAUUUGCCAACCUCUUCAGCUCUCAACGUGGCUCCAUCUCACGCUCUCCCAGUGACGCUCACCCUCCUACUGCCCAGCAGCCCACACCGUCCUACCCAGGACCCAUCACCACCGCUGCCGCUCAAGCCCAACGCCGUCGUCUCUCCCUCACCACCCUCGGCCUUUCCGGUUCACCAAACUCCACAUCGCCCUUCGGCUCCUACCACUCCCGUCGAGACAGCUACGUCUCCAGCGGCACUAGCGAGGCCAUCGAUGAGUCUGCGAUCGAAGAGGACAGCGGCGGUGGUGGCAGCGGCAUCCCCGCACAAAACCCCUUCGGCAGACGUAUGAGCUUCGGCGCCAAAGCACUGAGGGAUGUCAGAACAACGAGUGGAACCAGUCCCGGACAGAACAAUGGUACUAGUACCUCAGGCGAAGGCUUCAAUUGGUCUGACAACUUCCGAAACCGCGCCGAACGCACCGCGUCCAUCGCAGGAGGCAUGACUGGAGUACCACCAGCCCCUCCUGCACAUCUCCAUCAAUCUCGGGCUAAGAGCGUGGCUACAAUGGAACCACCGGCGACGGUGAUGCCCAAGCCAAAGGAACAAGUGCGCCCAGAUCACUUUCAAGAGAGGAUUCUGAAGGGUGACUUCUACAUGGACUAGGGAGGUGCUUUCUUGUCGGGACACUGAGAGCUGGAGGGUGGAGUUGGCGCGAACAACGGAUCAUGCGAGCUAUUGCAAUGCACGAGCGGAUCACAAACCAAGAUACUUGCGACAUCGGAGCAAACUACGAAGAUGACAGGAACAAAGAAAUACGACAAGGAACGUGGUUGUUGGACUUCCUGGCCAGUCAACACGCGGAAUGGCGCCGAACAAACACCUGAAAUGCACAUAUGAGUGCGAAAUCCUAUGCUGGAGUACGAUGCUGGCGUCAAGGAGUUUUCAAAGCAGGAUAAGCACGACUUCAUGCGGAUAUUAUGGGACUAUGGGAACACGAACAAGUCUUUGACCGAAAGCCAGACUGCGUGGCAAGGGAAAGAGGGACUACAAAAAUGUUAAUUGUGUGACUCUGCGGAAGGCGUUGAGGCUUUACGGCUGGCAAAUGAAUGUCCAUUGGACGAGUCAAGAAGCAAUGGUUGGAGUAAGUUGUAUGGUAUGGGAUCAGGUUGCGGUUUGUUGAGACGGCUAAUGGGUAACGACUUAACGAUAUUCUGAAUGCAGUGCUCUCUUUG